AUGCUCCCCGUCCUUCGCAAAGCGGUGCCUGCCGCUUGGCGAAGAACUGUUUCCAACCUACCGUACCCCAGUCAGCCGUACGCGGAGUCCCUGAUUGCGAGUUUGCAGAACCCGACUCUCGCCAAAGACCUUAAACGGAAGACGCUGCUGGUGCUUCUGCGAAACCUCAGGAGCGGCGAGUCUGUGCUCUCUCAGCCGCUUGUCAACGCGCUUUUUGGCCUGUGGCUGCCUUUUUUCGGCGACAAAGAGGUGCAGAGCUGUUUGCUGGACGGCGGUCAGUCGAAAGAGCUCACAAGCAUGCUCAUUCAGUCGUAUACGCUUAAAGGAGAGUACGACCUUGCUUUGGGUGCUAUUGAAAGAAGCACGCUUGUCGUGGACAGGUUCCCGUGCGAGCUGCUUGCCUACCAUCUGAUUGUCAGCAAGCAAUAUGAGAAAGCGUAUCAACUGGUAGACCUGCUCUACACCAAACGGUAUCCCCAGAUACUCAACCAGCAGCUCUUGGAGCUUCUGGUGAAGAGCUCGCUGGACGACGGCCAGGUCGAGCUGGUGUCGAAGUUUGUGGUUGGGUUUGUUUUCCUGUUCGACCGGCCGCUCAUGAACCUCUCUGAUGAGCUUGCAGGGCGUCUUGCGCGGCUGAGCAUCGAAAGGCUCGAUUUUGCUACGUUUGCCAAAACAGUCGACUACCAGGCCAAAAGACUCAUGCUGACCGACAAAAAUAGCGCCACACAGUUCCGACACCGGAUGGAGCUGCUCAGGUUCAAAGGAUACGUUUCAAAACUCGGCGGAGAGCGCGUCAUCGAGAGUGGUAUUUUUUUCAACUUGGGAUUUUUGGAAAGCGAGUGCCAGGUCGCAGACUUCCCUACGCUAACACACGACUUGGCCCAGACCGUUGGCAAUCGCCUGAAUCUACACCAGGCCAUCAUUCUCAUCGAGCAAAUGCACGGAUACCAUCUGAAAGAGCACCGCGACCGAUACUCGCCAGCACUGCAUCCGGACCACCAGCUGUACCGCAUGAUGAAGCAGAAAAGCGACCCUCAGAUCGAAUUUGAGGACCUCAAGGACGAUUAUGUUCAGUACAUGUCGAGCGUGGGCAAGCCGAGUCGCAAAUCGCACAAAUACAGGAUGCGCAAGGUCAUAUCGUCCAAGCCGUUCAGCGUACUACCGUUGAACAUCAUGCUGAAAACUAUCAGCGAGUCGAGCAACAACUUCCGGCUCGCGCUGCAGCUGGUAAAUUCCAUGGUUCGCAAAAGGCGGUGCGAGCUCAACGAAGAGUCUCUCUACUACAUGCUGAAGAUCUGCAGUGCCAGCGAGAUGCUCAACGUAGACCUUCUCACGUCGCUUCUCAACAGUUUCGACAUACAGCCAACUGCCAAAACGUACCAUCUGAUGUUCGAUAUGCUCAUAAAAACGGGACGCGUGGAGCUGCUCCGACGCUACUUCGAUGAAUACAAAACCCGCAAACACUACGUCUCCCGCGAGAUGCACCGCAAAAUAUCAGCACUGAUAAAUAUAUAG